UUUAUCACUCAAGGGGCCGAAACACGCGCAACAACGGACAACCCCACAGGACAGGGGGGUGCUUCUCGUGUCUCGGGAGGAAGGGACGAUAUUCGCUCCCUAUCCACUGAGCAACGCUGGAUCCCUCCUUCAACUGUUAGACGCGAUGCACUCACCCCAGAAAGCAGAAAUGAUCUCAUCUUCAGAAAGGUGCGGGGCAUCCUUAAUAAGCUUACGCCGGAAAAGUUCGCAAAGCUGAGCAACGACCUGCUCAACGUUGAGCUCAAUUCUGAUGUGAUUCUUAGAGGUGUCAUUUUCUUGAUCUUCGAAAAAGCACUUGAUGAACCCAAGUACAGUUCUAUGUACGCACAGCUGUGCAAACGGCUGUCUGACGAAGCUGCAAACUUUGAACCCCGAAAAACUCUCAUUGAAAGUCAAAAAGGCCAAAGCACGUUCACACUUCUCCUUCUUAAUAAGUGCAAAGACGAAUUUGAGAAUCGUUCGAAAGCAAGUGAAGCAUUCGAGAAUCAAGAUGAACUCGGUCCAGAGGAAGAAGAACGCCGACAGGUGGCCAAGCGGAAGAUGCUUGGGAACAUUAAAUUCAUCGGAGAACUGGGAAAGCUUGGUAUCGUCUCGGAACCGAUUUUACAUCGCUGCAUCCAGCAAUUACUGGAGAAGAAAAGGCGAAGGGGAUCCAGGGGGGACACCGCCGAGGAUAUCGAGUGUCUCUGCCAGAUCAUGCGUACCUGCGGCCGUAUCCUUGACUCGGAUAAAGGUCGCGCACUCAUGGAUCAAUAUUUUCGACGUAUGAAGUCACUGGCAGAGAGCAGCGAUCUUCCUCUACGCAUCAAGUUUAUGCUGCGUGAUGUCAUUGAACUACGCCGUGAUGGCUGGGUACCACGCAAAGCAACUAGCACUGAAGGUCCAAUGCCUAUCAAUCAGAUCCGCAGUGAUAAUGAUGAGUCUUCGAGGGGUAAUGGCUUCCAUAGACGUGAGGAUCGCCUCGGAGCUGAGUUCUUAAGGAAGAUGGGACGCGGCGGAUUAGACAUGGACAUGAUGGGAAGUAUUCCACUGACUUCCCCGUCGUUUGGCAUGCCAUCUCCAUUCAGCCCAAAUGGAUUCUCGGGGAGUUCCGGGGUUGGUUAUGGCCGCCACAAUCAACGUAACCAGUCUGGUUACUAUCAGAAUCAGACUCGUCACCAGAAUAAUUAUCAAGGGAAACAUAAUCAACAGCAACAUAACUCACAGCAGAACUUCAACAACAGUAGCAAUAAAGAACAAUUACGCUUUAAUAAGAAUAAAAUGUUGAUUGGACACCCAGAAGAAGUGUCACUUAGACCGUCAGCUAAUUCUAUGAUGUUCAAACAGACCAACAUUAAUCCCAACCUACCUCUCAACAGUGAUCUGUUCCCAGGACGAGCAUCAGAAUUACCUCUGUUACGUACUAACACUCUGAUACAUAAUUCGCCACUAUUGCACAAGGAAUUGCCGCCAGCAAUCGUGAUAAAACAAGGUCCAGUAGACAAACGAGAGAAAGCCAGGGACAGAAAGGAUAAAGGUACUUCUAGAGAAGAAAUACUGAAGAAAGUGAACGCGCUGAUGGACGACCUUGUCUCGCAUAUGAACAUACAGGAUGCAAUAACAGCUUUCCAAGAUCUUAAGAUACCCGAACGAUUUUUACGUCAUGCCGUUUAUACGUUGUACUCUAACACAUUAGACCGUGGUGACUCUGAGCGCGAACUCGCAACCAAGAUGAUAGUGGAAUUGGAGAAAGCAGACGUGAUUACUAUGCAGCAGAUACAUGAGGGGUGGAAAGAACUAGUAUCCAAUAUACCAGAAAAAGAGAGUACCGUGCCUUGUGUAGCGUCUCACGUUGCCUUCUUGACAGCCAAAGCUAUUACCGACAAUUCAAUACAAUUAACCAAUCUUGUCGGUGUGACGGAAAACGGCCAACACCAUCCGUUGUUCUUGCUCACUCUCCAGCAGUUGCACAAAACCCAAGGCAAAGCAAGGCUCACGCAGAUCUUCAACGAGAGCAAAGUGAAUCUUAUCAGUCAGCUCCCAGAGGCCGACAAGACGAAGGAAAGACUGGCGGAGAUUUUGGAGGACAGAGAGUUAACCUUCCUUUAUCCGCUUCUUAAGAUCGAGGGAGACAUCUGGCGUCAACUAGAAUACGACCCGAAUCCGAAUACUCUUUACAAAUGGAUCAAAGAAAAGCUAGAACCGUCGCAUCAUACUGAUUCAGAGUUCAUCAACGCUUUGAUGAACGUUCUUCUUAAAUAUAUUACGCAGGAAACAAUACUGGCACCUGGCGUUGAUCCAUCUAACGUAGGCAAAACAGUGGUAGAUAAGGAAAAGGCAUUACUGGAGAAAUAUGCACCCUUGAUGCGCUCCCUCUUUAUCGAUACAGAGUCGCAGGUGACAGCUCUCCAUGCGCUUCAAACAUUUUGGUACUCGCACAGUUGCCCAAAAGGGAUGCUACUGCGAUGGUUCGACGGGCUUUACCGACUAGAAGUGAUCGAAGAAGAUGCCUACUUCAAAUGGAAGGAGUUCGUCACCGAGGCUUAUCCGGGCAAGGGCAAAGCAUUAUUUGAGGUGAACGGUUGGUUAACGUGGUUAGAUAACGCGUCCACAGAAGAAGAAAGUGAUGAUCAUAACGACGACGACGAUAACAACAAGAACUACAGAAUGCAAAAGCUCUGAGAAGGAAUACGCUCUUCAGGUUACUAUCUAUAAUUUGGAAUAAGGUUUUACUAUCGAUAUCACUAAACCAGGUGGUUUCAGUUUACUAAUUGAGUUGUCUCUCCAUCCAAUACCACAAACGUCUUGUUAGUCUGUGUCAAACCCUCGCACAAACAAACGAGAAGAGGACUUUACACAAUCAUUGUCCGACAGAGAGAAGAGAGGAGAUUAUUUGAUUUUUGUUUCGCAACCAUCGGGUGGUUUGCAACAGACUUUUAUUAAAGCAAGAAGUUUUAGAAUGUUUUUAGAUAAUUGAAUAUUCAUAUGAUUUAUAAUCAUAUUGGGCCAGCAGAUAUCAACAUAUACAUACAUACAUACACACACAAACACACACACGCCGCUGUAUGAACAUCGGUGCAAAAAGAAACUAGAAAAAAAAAUUUAGUCUGGUGAUCUGUGUUGUCAAAGUUUUUGUCUAGUAUUGUGCAUGUGUCACGUUUUUGUAAGUCUUUUUGUCUGCGGCACCAGUGAGUCGCUUGUUAUCUCUGUGUACCAGCUUUUACAUUUAUUAUGAGGAAUUAUUAUUAUCUAUUAUUAUUAACUAUUAUUAUUAUUAUUACUAUUAUAUAAUUGAUCACCAACAAUCGAAAUACAUCUUACCUUCUUGAAAGAAAAAGGGGAAAAAGAAAAAAAACGAGUCGAUCAUAAAAAAAAACAGGACU